GUUGCACGUUUUAAUAUUCUCACAGAAUGAGGCAAGUAACCAAGUAUGCAAGUCUUCUAUUGAUGCACGGAGCAAAGAGGGCGUCAAGAUUACUUUCAGUCGAUCAUCUAUAAAAUAUGCAUCCCUUACCUCCGCCCUCACUCACAUUCCUUCUUCUCGGUCAUCGUAACCACGCGUGUGCAGGCAUACAACAAUUUAGCCACCAACCUUAGACUAGACUUUAUUGCGACAACCCCUUUCGUUUCUAGCUCAUUCUUCAACACUGCCAUAGAAAAUUUACUAGCAGUCCAGAUGGACAACAGCCCCAUGCAAAGUAGUCCCAGCUCAAGUGUUCCGAACAAGUUAUCCAUCUCGCUCGACUUCGGUAGUGCCAGCACCUCUGCGGACACCAGUGGCACCCAAUGGUCCCCUGUCAAAUCACCAAAGUCAGCAUUGACCUUCGCAGCGGUAUGGGACCCUGAGGAUGGGAUGGUGACAUUUUCCGGAACACGCCUACUUGACUCAAGCGACGAAUACGAGAGUUCCUCAGGAGCUAUUACUCCUCCUGACGUUUCGGACGAUGAUUUUUCUCAAGCCGUUGCCGCUGAUCACGACAGAUAUACAUCGGAAGAGAGUACCGUAGCUGCUAUUGGAACAUUGCAAGAUUCAUUCAAAGCUUUCCUCCAUCGUGUUCCAAGGAAUCCGAAAUUUUACAAGCAACAUAAGCACUCCAAUACGGUGGCAUCCUCGACGCUGGACGGACUAGACGUAUACUCGCGGGACCCUACCGUACGGCCGAUAUGCCGGUACCCAUCUUGUGAUAAGCUCGAUACAGAACUCUCGUGCAAGGUGCCGGUUGACAUCUCAUCGGAGUCAGGCCAUGUGUCAGAUGAGAGUUUCUUUGAAAACACACCAGUCAUUACAAAACAAACAGAAUUGAAAUCACAUUGGUCCGUUACGACCACUUCGACGUCUGCCCAUGUCGAUGUCCCGCGUGUGGAACAAAAAGUUCCCGAGAGUCGCAUACCGCACCCGCUCUGGAUAGCGGACAAGUACCAGCCGACUUUUAACCUCACCACACCCCCAAAUAGUCCGCGACGACGCUUGAAAAAACGUCGCCCUAGUGACUGUUCAACUCCGGUUUCUCCAAUAUCGUAUAGCAGUAGUUCAGGCUCGACAAGUCCGAUUUCUGCUAGCCCUACCUCCACCCUGCUAUCGCCUUCACGUAGCCUCAAGUCCAAAAAGUCUCGUCGUUUGGCAAGAGGGUCGACCGACGACAGCUGGGUUUCCAUUGAAAUAACUCCGUUCAUCACCCAACGAGUCGUCGAGGAGACGUGAGGGUCUUCGGUGUCCUUCUUGGCGCUUCUCUGGCUUGAGUUCGAUUUAUUGUAUACACUAUUUUGCGAUUCCCCCCCCCCCCCCCUUUUAAGUAUUGCACUUCCUCUUCAAGUAUCGCGCUGCCGAGCAGUUGCUACACGCUCACUGUAAACGUUCCUUA